GGUUCGAACCCGGGCUCAGACAUUUUUAAUUUUAUUUUUGUUUUUGUUUUUGUUUUUGAUAAUUACCGUGUAGGUGGUAUUCAUUGAUUCAGUAAAACCCUCCUCCCAAGGUUGCUUCUCUUCCCCCCAAUCCAAUCCAAUCCAAAACAAAACAAAAACACGAUGAUGAUUUUCAGAGCUUCUCUUCAACUCUCACUCUUUUCAACUUCAAGAAAACCUCAUUCACCGAGCUCUAAUGUGCCAAAAUUUAAUUGGGGUUCCAUUCUCUUCAUUUCUUCUACUUUGUCACACAAAUGAGAAAUUUUUAACAGUGGAUUGAUUUCUCUGUCCAGACAUUCUCAGACUACACAAAAUAUUUGAGAAUAUGUCUGGAUGCAAUAAAUCACCUCAAAACGAUCAACAUUCAAUCAAAUAUUCGUGGAUUCAACAUGGAGGGGUAUCCUCUAAGGUUCAUCUUGCUCGUGUAGAUUCUUCGCCUUCUAUUUCCAAUAAUGAGAAUAAGCAAUGCUAUAGAAAUUCUCAACCUAAGUUCACAGAGUUACUGACCACGCCUCAGCUCCUCUCUGCAGUUCGCCAGUUAUGGGAUUCUGCUAGUCGCCCACUUUCAUUAUUACUUCCAAAGGAAAAUGUGAACCAAGAUAAUGCCGAUAAAGGAUUCCCAAAAGAUAGAAUUUUGAGUUACAUUCAUGACAAAAGAAAUGGUGUGGUUACUUCAAAUAACACUGAUUACUUUUCUGUUAACCCGAGGGCUAGUAUUUCAGGUUCACAAACUGUGCAGGAAAAAUUGGAUUUCCCUAAGGUAACACUGAAGGUGUUAAUACUUGAAUCUUCUUAUGGAAGCCAAGAUUAUAUACAUUCUUUAUUCCAGAGAUAUUUGAAGGCAAGUGAUGAGAAUUCAACUGCAAAUUGUAAUGAAAUGGAACUUGGGAGGGAACAAAUUUCGUUAAGAUCGGAAAAUGUUCCUAGUGAGCUAAACUGCAAUGCGAAGUUUACUGAGCCUGACAACCUGAAAACUAGUUCUUUGGUUGUCAAAGACUGCAUUUCAAUAGACACAAGCAUAACUUCAUUGGCUAGUGAAAGUGAUGUAUGCAAUCCUGAUGUAACCAUACGUGAACCACCAUCAUUAUCUAAUGAUGCAGUUCUGAACAAAGAAGAAGUUAACUCUCCGUGUUCUGUACAGUGCCAAUGUAAGAAUGAUGAUAACGAAUUAAUGGAAAUCCAAAGAAGACAUCUGUCAGAUAGAAGUGAUAAUGAACCUAAGAUUCUGAUCUUUUCUGCAAACAAUAAGAAGCCUUCCCAUUCCCUAGCCAAGCAAGAACAUGCUUUUUCCGGGGCAUUGGCUGGAAUAUGUGUCAGCUGUUGUUUGCAUCCUGUUGACACAAUCAAGACAGUUACUCAAUCAUGUCGUGCAGAGCAGAAGUCCAUCUUUUACAUUGGCAAAUCAAUUGUUUCUGAUAGAGGUUUUCCCGGACUAUAUCGUGGAAUUACGACAAACAUUGCAUGUUCAGCUCCAAUUUCUGCAGUUUACACUUACACGUAUGAAUCAGUUAAAGCAGCUUUGCUUCCUUAUCUUCCAAAGGAGUAUUAUUCUUUUGCCCAUUGUGUGGGAGGUGGUUGUGCAAGCAUUGCCACAUCUUUCAUCUUUACUCCUAGCGAGCGUAUAAAGCAGCAGAUGCAAGUUGGAUCUCAUUAUCGCAACUGCUGGGAUGUAUUGGUUGGAAUUAUUAGAAAUGGUGGUCUUUCCUCGCUAUAUGCAGGUUGGAUAGCUGUACUGUGCCGAAAUAUCCCACAUUCAAUGAUCAAGUUUUACACAUAUGAAAGCUUGAAGCAAGCGAUGCCAUCUUCUAGUAUUCAGUCCCACACAUUUCAGACUUUAGUGUGUGGAGGAUUAGCUGGCACUACUGCUGCUUUAUUCACAACUCCGUUUGAUGUGAUCAAGACAAGAUUACAGACACAGAUUCCUGGAUCAAGAAAUCAAUAUGAUAGUGUGCCUCAUGCGCUUUACAAAAUCAGCAAGACUGAAGGUUUGAAGGGCUUAUACAGGGGGUUGACUCCGAGGUUGAUUAUGUACAUGUCUCAAGGAUCAUUGUUCUUUGCUUCUUAUGAAUUUUUCAAGAGUGUAUUUUCUUUGGAAGCAUCACUUCCCACUAGUUUAUAAAUUCACCACGACAACAAGGAUACCUACAGCAGCAUCACAUAGUCCUGAUACUUUGCACUAUUGAUUAGAUAGUGCUUGGAAGAAAAGUUUAAUGGUGCCACAAACUGCAAGCAAGUGCAUAAACUGUAUAUUUGUUGUAUGUAUAUUUAGAAUUUGUAUAAUGCAGGUGCGAAAGUUAUACAGCAAUCAACCAUUGUAGAAAUCACGUUUCCCUAAGUUGACAGGAAUAUAUCUGCAUUGCAAGUAUCAUCUUUGAAUGUUAUCUUCAUCGUUUGAGUGUGUGAUAAGAUAAAAAAAAUUAGACACAGACAAGGGUUUGUUAGAAAAUCUUGUAAGAUUAUCUUAAUUCUUUGAUUGUGAAUAUUUUUGGUGUUCUAAAGAAAUUUGUUUUUCUCUUGA